GCAUCACGUGAGGGAGACUCGAUACGAUAGUCAUCACACAACGGAGAGAUCCAGGUUUAGUGGCUCUACGAAAAGUUCGCUCCGCUUUGCCAAGCAGGAAAUCGGCGUGGUAGAACAAUGCAUCAAAGAAACGUUCUUUGCCUGUCGUUACGGGAAGUGCAUUGCUGUGCACACAUCUCAAGAAGUGGAUAGUGCUUUCUAUUUAACCUUAAUCGUGUACAACCUGUUUCCAAACGAUUCCAGACGCUGUCAUGUCUCAGAGGUUUUAAACUCGUGUCUUUCUUCUGCCAUAUUUGAUGCUAGAUCUAUCUGAGAUCAUGAAACGAGGUGAUAAACAGUGUUUAGCUUUGAUGGAUGCUCGUAAAUGGAUCAGCAGUCUAUUUACAUCCUACUUUUGUCCAUGGUUCCUCCCGUCGCGGUCGGCAACACCACCCAGAACAUCCACAUCGGAAGAUGUAGUAAAGUCACAGCCAAACGAUCCAAUUGUCAAGAUGAAAGGAACGAUGACGAGAGGGGACUCGACUCUGAAUUGGACGCACCGCGACUUUGAUUUGCCUGAUUUCUGCUUCCGCACAAUACAGCAGGAAGACGUGAGCCAAGUUUCUGAUUUUCUGCUCAAACACUUCUUCGCCAAAGAGCCACUCGGCCAGUCGCUGAAACUCGACCCGAAUGAGGAAGUUCGUCCUUGGCUGCCCAAAAUGCUGGAACACGAGAUACGCGAAGGAUUAUCGAUUGUUGUUCGACAUCGGUCUGCUAGCGACGAAGAAUCGACGAGCGAAGACGUUGGCGAAGUCGUUGCCGUUUGCCUAAAUGACGUUGAGCGCAGAGUUAGCGAUCCCGAAGAUGUGAACAUCUUUUCGUUCGUCAGUCGUGAUUCGCAGCCAAAUAUGUGGAAGAUCACUCGCGUGCUGGACGAACUUGUAGCUGACGCGGACCUAUUCAACUGUUAUCAAAUCGAAGCGCUCGUCUCGUGUCAGAUGCUGUGCGUCGAUCCGCGUUUCGGGGGCCGCGGUCUCGCUCAAAAACUAAUUCAAUUGACCGAGGACUUGACGAGAACGUUGGACUACUCUUUGAUCAUCUCGGAGGCGACAAGUGAAUUCUCGGCCCGGGCUUUCCUCAAAGCUGGCUUUCUUUGCCAAAAGACGCUGCAGUACGACACGUUCGCGUUCGACGAUGGCGAACAGCCAUUCCAGCAACUUGCGUCCACCAGCGUCCACAAGACCGCCCGACUAAUGAUUAAAUAUAUCAAGUAGUUGUACCGAAAUGUUUUUCGUUUUGCCUACAUCUAUUUAUGUGUUUAAUUUGUCUGUAUCCGUGUUUUUUUUUUGGUGCUUUCACUGUGAAGUUAUUUCCAUCGGUUUUCUUCGCUUGCCUCCCUUCUGUUGAAAAUUCAAUUAGCAGAAGUGAUGGGGAAGUAUGUUACGGUAAACGUGCGCGAGCGAGCCGUGAGACCCGGCUAUGAAAAAUGCUAACAAUUUAGUGUUGAAACGACGAUCUAAGUCAAUUGAAAAAAAAAAAAAUCGAUAGCCAUACGACAUCUUUAUUUAUACCUGAUAAUAGAACAAUCAGCAGUCAUUAUAUUUGUAAGCAAACUGCGCAACAUAGAGCUCUUUGGAAUCGCCAGUCUAAAUUUUUGAUUCACCAUUUUUUUAUUUCCCAUAUUGAGCCAUCCAAACAAAAAAACUGCAUGAAAUACGUAAAUUUGGCCUAACAGUGGAGUAUUUCAUUCCUAUUGGCCCUUUGAAAUUUCUGGAUAGGAAAAAAGGAAUCAGAGAAAAAGCUUUAAAGAAUUUGGAAUAUAUGUGUUUUUUUAAGAACAAGUUUUUAUAAAGAAAGGGGAUUUUUUAAACAUUAAAAUUACAUAAUGAUGAGGUCAACAAAAUAUUUAAAAAAUUCCUACGGUAUUUGUUUUCGACUGCGACGCAUAUAAUAUUUUGCGCAUCUU